UAGUGUGUUCCUUACUUUUUCAUAUUAACUUUCCAUCUCCUCUCCUUUCCUGUCCUGUCUUGCAGUUAUCAUCAUCGUCCCCCUCCACCUCGUCCGAAUCGAAGCUAACGACGGCGACGGUUAACGACAUCGGAGGAGCGUGGUGGUGGUGGUGGUGGCUCUAUCUACACAUUCGAGGAAACUAUUUCAAUUUUUUAAUUCAUAGGAAUUCACCCAAUUCUUCUCAUUCCCGAUCCAUCGUGCUUCCCCAUGGAUUUGUCGCUUCUGUUGCUCCUUCCGUAACAACAUUUCUUCGGAUUUAGGGUUUUGAUUCUUGCAAUCAAUAUGCCUUUCAAGAAGAUAGUUCGUGAGCUUAGGGGUCGUAACAAAGCCGUUGGUAGGCGGGGAAGAUCUCACAUUGCGCCUGAAGGAUCUUCUUCUUCUUCUUCUUCGCCUUCUCCAUCGACUGAUGAAUGUUCAGAACAGAGCAUUUGGGUUGAUUUGCCUCCUGAGUUGCUUCUUGACAUCAUCCAUCGGAUCGAGUCUGGACAGGCUUUGUGGCCUGGGAGGAGAGACGUUGUUGCUUGCGCCUCCGUUUGUAGGUCGUGGAGGGAGAUGACUAAAGAUGAAGUUGUUAAAGUUCCUGAGCUCUCUGGUCUCCUCACUUUUCCUGUUUCCUUAAAACAGCCUGGUCCUAGAGAUGCUCCGAUUCAAUGCUUUAUCAAACGAGAAAGAGCCACUGGGAUAUACCGUCUCUAUCUCGGUUUAAGCCCUGCUCUUUCUGGCGACAAGAGUAAGCUCUUACUGUCGGCUAAGAAAGUCAGGAGGGCGACCGGUAUGGAGUUUGUUGUAUCCUUGUCGGGAAAUGACUUCUCUAGAAGUAGCACUAGUUACAUAGGGAAACUAAGAUCUAAUUUCCUGGGAACUAAGUUCACGGUCUACGAAAACCGACCACCUCUGGUUCAUUCCGAAACAUCAUCCAACCGGAAACAACCACCAUCCAUGCGCGUGUCUCCAUGGGUAUCAUCAUCUCCUCAUAGUUACAAAAUGGCUUCGAUCUUGUAUGAGCUGAAUGUCCUCAGAACCAGAGGUCCAAGAAGAAUGCAAUGUAUCAUGAACAGCAUCCCAGUUUCGUCGAUUCAAGAAGGCGGACAAGUUCAUUCUCCGACCGAGUUCACAAACCUAGGAAAUAAGAAGAACAAGAAGUCGAUGAUGGAUUUAUGCACAGGGAACAUGGGAGGAGAAUCCGUUGUAAAGGAACCAUUAGUCCUGAAAAACAAGUCACCCAGAUGGCACGAGCAGCUCCAGUGCUGGUGUCUAAACUUCAAAGGACGAGUCACGGUCGCCUCGGUGAAAAACUUCCAGCUAAUUGCAGCUGCUGCAGAAGCAGGGAAGAACAUGAACAUACCAGAGGAGGAGCAAGAGAGAGUGAUAUUACAGUUUGGGAAGAUAGGGAAAGAUAUUUUCACCAUGGAUUAUCGUUACCCAAUCUCCGCAUUCCAAGCGUUUGCCAUUUGUUUAAGCAGCUUCGACACGAAGCCUGUCUGCGAAUGAAAUCAUAUUCUCUAUUUGCAGUUUGUUGUGUGUUUGAUGAAUGUUGUACAUACUUUUCCUUCUUUUGGAGCAAAAACAAAUCAGAUAUGUUUUCUUUCAA